ACAAAGCACUUAAGUUCACAAAGUAUGAGAGGGAUUUUAGUCGUCGUUUUUGCGUUGCACCUUUUUCGUUGUGUUGCGGCACAGGAAUGUUCAAAGUAUCACUAUGAGGAGCAAAUCUUAGCAAAAGUAGUUCGUCUUGAACACAGACUUGAAAUACUGGAGGGAAAAGACAACAGAGAAGACAAAGGGUGUAAAGACUGUGUACAAUGUCCAGAUGGAUGGAUGCAAUACAAAGGGUCAUGCUACGUGUUUGUAGACAAGAAACUUUCAUUUGAUAACGCGCGGGCUAAUUGUAAAACGCUUAACGCUGAUUUGGUCCAUAUCGAAAACGCAGACGAGAACACAUUCAUUGGAAACCAUGGAAGAUCAUUUAAAG